GCCGUGACAGCACGGCCCGCACCGGGAAAAGGCAGUUGACGUUGUUACGCCUUGCUAGAUGAUUGGCGAGGUAAGAUGGCGGCGCCAGAGGAGCCAGAAUUAUCCCAGGCGCAGACCGAAAAACUCCUCCAGUUUCAGGACCUAACCGGGUUGGAGUCAAUGGACCAAUGUCGUCGAACAUUAGAGCAGCAUAAUUGGAACAUAGAGGCUGCAGUACAAGACAGACUUAAUGAGCAGGAAGGAGUGCCCAGUGUGUUUAACCCUCCACCAUCCAGACCAUUACAGGUCAAUACAGCAGACCAUAGAGUAUAUAGUUACAUCGUGUCAAGGCCACAACCCAGGGGAUUACUAGGAUGGAGUUACUACCUGAUAAUGCUACCAUUCAGAUUUACAUAUUACACACUUCUGGACAUAUUCAGGUUUGCCCUGCGGUUCAUCAGGCCAGAUCCUCGUGGUCGUGUGACAGACCCUGUCGGAGAUGUUGUGUCCUUCAUUCAUAGUUUUGAGGAGAAGUAUGGUCGGGCACAUCCUGUAUUUUACCAGGGAACAUACAGCCAGGCACUGAAUGAUGCCAAGCGGGAGCUCCGCUACCUAUUAGUGUACCUUCAUGGGGAUGAUCAUCAAGACACUGAUGAGUUCGCCCGCUCCACAUUAUGUACAGAAGAGGUCAUAACCUUCCUCAACACGCGAAUGCUCUUUUGGGCAUGCUCAACCAGCAAGCCUGAGGGCUACAGAGUUUCCCAAGCAUUGCGGGAGAACACCUAUCCAUUCCUGGCCAUGAUAAUGCUGAAGGACCGCAAGAUGACAGUGGUGGGAAGGCUCGAGGGCCUGAUUCAGCAAGAGGACCUCAUCAAUCAGCUCACCUUCAUCAUGGAUGCCAACCAAACAUAUCUGAUGUCAGAACGCCUUGAACGGGAGGAGAGGAAUCAGACCCAAGUGCUAAGGCAGCAGCAGGACGAGGCCUAUCUGGCCUCCCUCCGUGCAGACCAGGAGAAGGACCGAAAGAAAAGGGAGGAGCAGGAGCAGCGCAGGCAAGAGGAGGAGAAGGUCCGACAGAGUGCUCUUGCCGAGGAGCGGAGACGAAGAACACUCGAAGAGGAGAAGGAGAGGAAGUCGGAGUGUCUUCCUCCAGAGCCACCUGCAGAUGAUCCAGAGAGUGUCAAAAUAGUGUUUAAGCUGCCCAAUGAUACACGAGUGGAGAGACGAUUCCUCUUUGGGCAGUCUCUGACGGUAAUAUACGACUUCCUUUUCUCUUUGAAAGAAACCCCAGAGAAGUUUCAGAUAGUUACAAACUUCCCUCGCCGAGUCUUGCCCUGUCUCCCGACUGAGGAGCAGCCCAAUCCACCAACACUGAAAGAGGCAGGACUCAGCCGCUCCGAAGUCCUUUUUGUUCAGGACCUUACGGACGAUUAAGAGAUGACAUACAGUACCUCCUCUUCGUGGAAAACACAUUUUCCUUCAAUGCCCAGCCGCCCCCCAUUUUUUUCCUUUUUACUUAUUUUGUUAAAUGGCCAUUAUGCACAAGGGAUCAUUGAGAUAAAAUUCUGACCUGGAAAAAUUCAAACCACCCUGCAUCCAGUCCUUGUUUGGUUGUGUUUACAGGGUUCCCAGUAGCCUGGAUAGUCUUGAAUUUUAUCAAAUAAAUAUUUCUUGAAGUCC